UUGGUGACAUUCCCUUUUCUUCACCCAUCCUCUCUAUUCUCAUGUACACACCCCACGAGUCUGAUUGGGUUUUUUUUCCUAUCCCACCUGGAGGAUUCAACUUUUCUACGGAUGCGGCACUUGUAGAUGCCUGGUUCCCAUGCUUAAAGGUAUAACCGACUGGAACAAACCGAAAAUGACGAGCGCAGUCGAGUAUCACGUUUGCUGCCUGUUGGUAGUUCUUUCGUUAUCAGCAUUCCUCUGCCAUGCCAAAGAACCCGAAUGUCCAUUUGGCAGCCCGAAAAUAGAUCUGGCCGAUCUCGAUGGACGUUGCGACCGUUUCUGGAUGUGUGAGGACGGACUCAUUUCAGACAUUUUCUGCCCAUCAGGAAACGGUUUCAAUCCUGCCAGUCAAAAAUGCGACACUAACGCGCCUUGCCUCACAGAUUCAUCCUCGGUCACAACGGAAAGACCGGCUGGACUGUCACGCAUUGUCGAUAUCUUGGUAACGAAAUCGAAGCCCGGACAAACCGGCCAAAAUGAAAAGACUUCAAAGGGCCUUGAAGUCUUGACGUCUUUGUUUACGCCACUGAUUCUCCCUUUAGUUCGAAUGGUGGCUGGUUAAUGUGUACUUUGGUUUGUUUGUUUUUGUAAAGAAUCGCUGUGAGUUUAGUAUAAAGAAUUGUGUGUGAUUGCUCAUGCUGCCUAGGAAAACGCCAAGUCUCCGCUCAAUGUUGUAACUUGCAAGUUCGUUUCAAAUCUACAAUUAGAAAACG